ACGGAAGACCAGUACACGGGAAAACGGAGCGGAUGGGAGGGGGAGGAAUCAGAUCAGCAUCGGCAGGAGGAGGAGGGGAAAACAAGGAGGACGCUGUAUCUUAUUCGCGGACGGAAAACGGCCAACAAACGAGCAAGUGGAUCUCAUACAAAAUCGAAAAUGCUUGAACAAGAUCGAGCCAUGAACCCUGUCUUUGGAGGUCAGGGGCCGGUUGGGAAACCGUCUUUGCGUAUCUAUUCCAACACCCAAAAGAGAUGUGAGAAAGAUGGCAACUUCAACUUCCUGGGCCAAGAUGAUGACCCCAUGACAGGAGAUGAAAAUCGCAACCAGGUGCGCCCACGAUCUCUGGGUCCGUUGGGUCGUGAUCCUCCCCUGUCUGCCAACCACUUUGGGCCGGGGAGCCUCUCCCCUUUGUCUCGCUUGCCUUGCUGGAGCCCUUUGGAGCCCCUUCCUGAGAUUGAAAGCGGAGAUGAUAUGGGUGGCAGAGUGCCCCCGGAUGGCGCAGAGGAAGGCAAGCUGGAUGAAGAGACGAGGAGGGUGACGGAUGAUGAGAAAAAGCAGACGUUGGAGGAGACUCAGAAAGCAGAGAAACUAAUGGAUGAGGAGGAAGAGGAUGAUGGGGCGAUAGAAUGGGCAGACAGUGACGAAGAGUUUGAGUUUAGCUAUAGGUCUGAAAGCUCUUCUCCUCUCAGCACAGGAAGUGUGGAUGUAGCGGGUGAUGUGGCCCACAACUCCAUCUGGGACCAGAUCUGCCAUGGGUGUCCGACAGAAGACCCCUUAAAAACCCCAAAGCAUAGUGAAGAUAAUAAAGUAGAGCAGUGCAGAGAGAGUGUAGAGGGUGCCGAUCUGGUAGCAGAUGCUUCAUCAGACUCCGAAAAUGACCCGGAUUCUGAGCUGCCGGACCUAAUGCAGGGCGUUUGGACUCUGCAGGAUCGAGAGAGGUUUAAAGCACAGGAAAUGGAGAAGCAUCAGGUACAGCUGACCAUGUACCGUCGCCUGGCUCUUAUCCGUUGGGUUCGCACCUUACAGAACCGAGUUCAAGAGCAGCAGAACCGCCUCCAGUCCAGCUUUGAUAUUAUUCUGACACACAGGAAGGAGCUUCUGCGGAUGGGUGCUGCUGCAGUGGCCCAAUAACAAAAACAAACAGAAAAGUCAUGGGACCAACAGAUGACACAAGCGAGAGACUUUGCGUUGUCAUGUGAAAAGUAAUCUUAGCAUCUCUGUUGCCCAGAGAGUUACUAUUAGAAUUGUGGUUAAGAGUCCUUCAAAACAUCACCCCUGAGUUGCGACUGCAUUGGUUUCUCUUGUUUUUCAAACGUUUGCUGACCUGACAUGUUUAAAUAAUUAUACAUGUGUUUAGUGUGUAAAGAAAAUACAAAGUAUAAUAAAAUAUAUAUUUACUGUAUAUACGUAUAGACUCCAGCAUUCCCUGUGACCCCAAUAGGAAUAAGUGGCAGAUGAUGAACGAAUGGAAAAAAUAUAUAUCAAAUAAACUUUUGAAUAAUUA